AUGCUCCGCGACUUCCCACCCUUGGGCCCUCGAGUCUCAGCCGACGAGCAGAUCUUUAUGAACACUGCACCAGUCAACGAACGACCCAUCGAUCAUGCGCCUAUAGAUCCUUUGGACGAUGUCUUUGGGUCUGCGCCAUCGUCGCCGACACUGCCUGCUCAAGCCGGUAACGGAGGAGAGGAUGCUGUCCUGAGCAGCGGCGCCCAACGUGCCGAACACUCAGACAUCCCCAGACUUCGAAGCAUCCACGUCACGAAUGGCUACCGUGAAGGUAUCGCCGUGAGCAAAGAGAAGCAUAUACAAGCUGGCUUCGACGAAGGCUACAGUCUAGGAGGGGAAAUUGGUGUGAAAGUUGGCUGGUAUCUGGGCGUACUGGAGGGAACCUCUCAAGCUGUCGGACGUCUUGAGGGAGACAGCCAUGGCGAGCUCAAAGACGAGGUGCAAAAGACGUAUGUGGAGGCGCAAGAGGCGCUAAAGAUGGAGAAGCUGCUCGGCCCGGAAUUCUUUGGGCCAGAUGGUAUUUGGCUAUAUGAGGUCCCUGGGCAAGACGACGAGGGCAGUGAGUUGCAGGUGACUUUUGCAGAUGUUGCUGCGAGGCAUCCUGUGCUCGUUCAAUGGAGGGAAACGGUUGAAGGGAUCGCUAGCAAGGUCGGACUCAAGCUGGGGUGA